UCUCUCUCUCUCUCUCUUGAUCAAAUCAAAAGAGGGACAGGAAAAAGAAAUAACAAAUGACCAAAUCGAUCGGCUCCGCGUCCGUCCCCCACGAAGAAUCUCGAAGCUCCGAAGCCAUUAAUUAACGAAAGCCUUCCGCUCGUACCUUAAUCUUGCGACCCCCGUUUCGUCUGGCGUCUCCGGAGGAGGGUUUCACCUUCUCGUUGGGAUAUCCCCGUGUCGAGCCCGUUCAUAUUUUGGCGAUUCCACCCCCGAUUCUUUGGAGCGCGAAAAUUGGUCCUUUUGUUUUCGGCUUACAUUGAUCGCCUGUAUUCAGGCAGAUGAAUCUGAGGAUUAGAUGGAGUUUUCUUGCACCAUUUUACUUCUGCUCACCUAUUGGUAACGUUGUUUAUGAUUAGUUCAGGCAUGCAGGGCCAACUGGUUUGUAGUGGAUGUAGGAACGUUCUUUUAUAUCCCAGGGGUGCCGCCAGCGUCUGUUGUGCAAUAUGCAGCACCAUAACUACAGUCCCACCUCCAGGAAUGGAGAUGGCUCAGCUUAUAUGUGGAGGUUGUCGAACGCUAUUGAUGCAUGUUCAUGGUGCAACAACUGUUAGAUGCUCCUGCUGCAACACUAUCAAUAUCACUAGACCAGUAAAUCAGGUUGCUAACGUGAGAUGUGGCCAUUGUCAUACAACUCUGAUGUAUCCUUACGGAGCACCAUCUGUCAAGUGUGCCAUAUGUCAUUAUGUGACAAAUGUCGGGCAGAUGGAUGGUAUGAGACUCCCGGUGUCAACCAUGCAUAGGCUUAAUGGACCGACACCUGCGCCACCUUCAGCUUCUGCUUCUCAAGUGCAAAACACGACGGUUGUUGUUGAGAACCCAAUGUCAGUCGAUGAAAGUGGCAAACUGGUUAGCAAUCUUGUUGUCGGAGUGACCACCGGAAAAAAGUGACAUUUGUUUCCACAUAUCGUCUUGGUAUUUAAGAUUGUAAAGUUGGAGAUUGAAGUUAUCGAAUUUGCUGGACAACCGAUGCAAUGCCCCUGGCACCAUAUUCUUUUAAUUUUGUAAAUUAUACGCAAUAUGCACUGCAAAGUUGCAACUUCUGAUAGUAUAUACAUAUAUAAGUUAAAAGGGGGACAUGUUUAUGGUUAAUUACCCCCAUGCUGGCUAUCUUAUGUAUGCUUGUCUUGAUGUAAUGAAGUAAUUGUUCCUUGA